AUGAGUAUCGCGGAGGCGAUGCAGGUUGUAAGGUCCCUUGCAGGGACGCCUGCGCUUAACGAGCCGCGGCGAACGGGACAUGGAGGGGCGUCUGGCGUGAGGGAUGAAGGAGUGGAUAGGGCGGAGCUGACGGGGGCGAGAUUGGGAGAAGGAGGCGCGGAGGAAAGGAGAGUGGAGGAGGAAAGGAGGGAGGAGGAGGAAAGGAGGGAGGAGAAAGGGAGGGAGGAGGAAAUGAAGGAGGAGGAAGUAAAGGGAGAAGAGGGACAGAGGAGAGUAGAGGAGGAGAAGGGAAGAGAGGAGGAGUGGAACGAGGAGGAAAAGAGAGAGGAGGAAGAGCGAGCUGGGGAGACGAAACAAGAAGAGGGGAAUGUACCGAUAUUGGGGCAAGAAAGAGGGGGAGCCUUAGAGCGCCUUAGACUGUUGGCUCACGUGCCACAUUGUGAUGGGCAGGGCGCGGAGACGGAAACAGAUCAUUCUGCCAGGAAGCUGGGCUUGGACGGGUCGGCGGCGGCGUUUGUCCCGUUGUGCAGGGAGCUGGCCAAUGACAGCGAGCCUGAGAUCCGCCAGACGCUCGCCGAGCAGAUCCCGCAGCUCCUGCGCGCAUAUGCCCCGGCGGGCAGCAGGGCGCGCGGGGCACUGAUGGAGCUCAUGGAGGUGGCGAACCUGCUGCUGCUGGACGACGCCGAGGAGGUGCAAGUCGCCAUGGAGGGCGGAUAUGUGGCAAUGAUGGCAUACGGCGCGGAGGAGGAUGCAGCGGUGGAGGCGAUGCUGCUCGAUGCCCUCCUGCGCCUCGCCUUGCUGCCGCACUCCCAACCUGCUCGCGUCUGCGCUGCCUCUGUGUUGGUGCGCUGUGCGGCGGUGAUGAGUCGGCCUCUCUUUGAGCACCGAGCCGUGCCGCACCUCCUUGCGCUCGCUGCUGACUUGCACUUCCAAGUCAGAAAGCUUAGGGAGGAGCUGGAGUUGGGAGAGGAGAGAGACGCACAGGGAUCAGCAGGUUUGGGAGGAGCAGCAGCAGCAGCAGCAGGGGGAGUGGGAUUAGCAGGAGGGGGUGAGGGAACAGGGGCUGAGGCAACUGCUGCCAGUGAUGCGGAGAGUGCAAGAGCUGCAGCGAAGGAGGUGGAAGCUGCGAGUGAUUUGUCAAGAGAACUUGCACCUGUUAGUGAGGAAGCCAGUAUGGGGGACGUGGGUGUUGCGGGAGAGACAAGGGUGCAGGGUGCUGGAACGGGGUCAGGAGCGGUGCAGGACGGUGGAAGGCGGUCCGAGAGGUGGGGGGAGAUUGAAGAAGUGCGGGAGAUUAGUGAGGAAGCGGGUGAGCUUGAAGUGAGCUCGCUUGCAGCUCCAUCAGCAUGGGUGAGGGAGGCAGCGCUUCAGAUGCUGGGACCACUGCUCUCCGUGCUGCGUGGCGCUGACAUGCGGGACCUAGUGCACAUGUUCACGAGCAUGGCACAGCCAGGGCCCAUGGGCGAUGAUGGUGAUGCUGACGAUGACGACCGCCUGCCACUUUACUGUGCCUUCAACUUCCCAGCGGUGGUGGUGGGGUUGGGGCCAGCGCGCUGGUGGGAGCUGGAAGCAGCAUACGCGCACCUGCUCGCCUCGCCCCAUGUGAGUAGCCCCCCCAUGUGA